AGCAAUACUACAACAGGACUGAACAGAAAUGAAACUUAAAGUCAGAGUGAACAGAGCUACAGCUGGAUCUGUUUCUAUUGCAAGAAAACACAUUAAUCUCCCAGCAGAGUCGGUGAACAACCUCUUCCAUACAUAUGGCUGCUGCUGGUCAUGUCCGAUCUGAUGAUCAGUUCCUGUGUUCCAUCUGUCUGGAUGUGUUCACCGAUCCAGUCACCACAUCAUGUGGACACAACUUCUGCAAAUCCUGCAUUACUGAACACUGGGAUAAUAAUGAAAACUACCAGUGUCCCCUGUGUAAAAAAGCAUUUUAUCCAAGACCUGACUUGCACAUCAACACUUUCAUCUCAGAGAUGGUGUCUCAGUUCAGACAUGAAGCUCAACAUGAACCAAACAUCUACAGCUCAGAUCAACAAGCUGCCAAUCCAGGAGAAGUUCCCUGUGAUGUCUGCACUGAAACCAAACUGAAGGCCCUCAAGUCCUGCCUGGUGUGUCUGACCUCCUACUGUCAGGCUCAUCUGGAACCUCAUCUGACAGUUUCAGGACUGAAAAGACAUCAGCUGAUCCACCCUGUGGAGAACCUGGAAGACAGGAUGUGUAGGAAACAUGAUAAACCUCUGGAGCUGUUCUGUAAAACAGACCACACAUGUAUCUGUCUGCUCUGUCCUGUUUUAGACCACAAGAAUCAUGACUUUGUUCUUCUGAAAGAUGAAUAUGAAGAACAGAAGACAGGGCUGAAGAAGACAGAGGCUGAUAUUCAGCAGAUGAUCCAGGAGAGACAACUGAAGAUCCAGGAGAUCCAACAAUCAGUGGACCUCAGUAAGGAAGCUGCAAACAGACAAACAGCAGAAGGUGUUGAGGUCCUCACUGCUAUAAUGGAGUCUGUUCAGAGAAGCCUGGACCAGCUCAAAGAGGAGAUCCAACAAAAGCAGAGAACCACAGAGAAACAGGCUGAAGACUUCAUCAAAGAGCUGGAACAAGAAAUCUCUGAACUGAAGAAGAGAAGCACUGAGGUGGAGCAGCUCUCAGGUUCUGAAGACCACCUUCACUUUGUCCAAAGAUUCACAUCUAUAAACGCUGCUCCAUCCAUGAAGACCUGGACAAAGGUCAGCGUUCAUCCCCCAUCAUUUGAGGGGAUUGUGGUGAGAGCUGUGUCUCAGCUGGAGAACAAACUCAGAGAAUACAUGAAGAAGCCAAUUGAAGCUGAGAUGAGGAGAAUCCAGCAGUAUAAGGUGGAUGUGACUCUGGAUCCAGAUACAGCACAUCCUAGACUGAAACUGUCUGAUGACGGGAAACAGGUGCAUCAUGUCAAUCAAAAGAGGAAUCUUCCAAACAACCCAGAGAGAUUCUCUGAUAAUCCUUGCGUUUUGGGGAAGCAGACUUUAUCUUCAGGCAGGUUUUACUUUGAGGUUCAGGUCAAAGAAAAGGCCAAAUGGACCAUAGGAGUGGUCAGAGAGUCCAUCAAUAGGAAGGCGUACACAGCACCGAGACCCAAGGACGGAUACUGGACCAUCUGGUUGAGAAAUGAAAAUGAGUACAAAGCUCUUGCUGGCCCUGAUGUAGUCCUCUCUCUGAAGCACAAACCUCAAACAGUAGGGGUGUUUGUCAGUUAUGAAGAGGGUCUGGUCUUCUUUUAUGACGUAGAUGAUGUUGCUCUCAUCUACUCCUUCGCUGGCUGCUGCUUCAAUGAUAAACUCCUCCCAUUCCUCAGUCCAUGUAACAAUGAUGGAGGUGAAAACUCUGCCCCUCUGAUCAUUAACCCCAAUGACUACUACCUUCCUUUUGACUACGAGUCAGAUGGCUACUCCUACGAGUCAGACGGCUACUCCUACGAGUCAGACGGCUACAGCUACAAGUCAGACUUCAAUUAGCAUGAAAUAGUAGGAGACAGUAAUAUGGCCGAUGCCUGAUUGUAGUGUCUCCAUCUGAACACUGUCAAGUCUCUUAUUCCACUUAAACUGCAGUUACCACACAACAGUUUGAUAUUUUUUCCACGGUUGAUCACUAAAACUGACUUCUUUGUAAAACUACUUCCUUCAGCUACACACAAAAUGAAUGAAUAGUUUCUUAUCUUAAAGACCAAAUGUUGUUAAUUAAUGUUCUAAACAACACAUGAGAAGAAAGCCAAUGAAGUCAUGGUAUAAAUUCGGUGAUGAGUGUCUAGAGUGGAAUCUUGUUUAGGACAGGAAGCUCUAGAAGACUUUACCCUCAACGAUGACUUAGAAGAACAAUGGCUUAAGAUUUGUCCUUUAUCUUUUCUUUUUUUUUUGAUACUGUGGAAGUUUUAAAAUGUGUGUGUAUGUGGGAGAGGGAAAGGAUCAAGGGAAAUAAGUGUAUUUUUGGGAAUAAAUCAACAGUGCAGCAGUAUGUACAGAACAGUUUCUGGUUUUUGUCUGAUUACUGUGAUAAUGAUCUGAUUACAAACACUAAUAAUUGUUGAUUUUAUCUUCUAAUUGUUAGUCACCCAUAUGUUAAGUUCCACAUCUACAAAAGCAGCUAAUGGGUGAACUGAUUAAAUGUAUCACACUCUAUGUCUUUUGUUCACACAUUCAAAUGAAAUUAAUAUUCAGAAACAUGUUUGUUUUGUUUAAUAUAACAGUUUAUUGUGAAGAUGCAAAAGUUGCACAUCUUUCAAGCCUGACUGCAGAGAUUUGACCAGUCUUUAAUUCCAAAAACAUCAUCAGCUCAUUUAUACACGUAGAUAAAUGUGAGUGCAUGUAAGUAAAUGUAAAUAUGUUUGUUUGCAUAUAUAAUCUUUAUUACCAUUCAUGUUAUUGCUCUACAAAGUAAGAUGACCAUGAAAAGCAUUGAUCUUCGCAAAUCGCUCUUCUGUUAUGUUUCGCACUGAAAAAUCUAUGUUUAUAUGACAUUAUUCAUGCAACAAUGAUACACAAAUUACUUCUUUUUUCCUUUCAGUGAGCAAUAUUGACACCCUUUCUUUU